CUUCCAAGAACUUGAAAACUGACCCCUCUUCCUACGGAUCUUAUGGCACGUCAGGUCCACGAAACGCCAAUAUUAUGAUUAUUGCACCCUUAAACGGUCUUUUUCCGCCUUUGGAUGCUUUGAAAACUGCUUUGGAUUUGUUAUGAUGGAAGAGAGUGAAAUGAACUUCAUAGUUACACCAUCUACAGCUUUCCACGAUCACGCAAGUGUUGGCCCAACAAACUAUGACAAAUCAAUCCGCAGUUAUACAAUUAACUUCACCACUCCGGCGGAUAUUCUGCCUCCUAUCUCACACCUUGCGCAGCUUGUGUUAGCCAGUGUCUUCACAGUGUUGUACGCUGUCUUAUUCCUAUUGAUUUUAGUGCAACUUUAUCUCAUCUUGUACUUCAAGCACCGUCGAUUGUCGUAUCAGAGUGUUUUCUUGUUUAUCUACCUGUUUUGGGCCGCGCUUAGAACUACACUCUUUUCCUUUUAUUUCAACGAUACUAGUCCGUUGCAAGCGAAGAACCAGAAGAACAUCGGUUCUUUAGCAAGAUGGCUUCUCUUUGCACUGCCGAUCUGCCUUCAAUUUCUCACUUUGUCGCUGCUAACUCUAUACUUGGCGAAGGGACAGCCAAGUGACAGCCAAGCAACAGCCCAGGGACAGCCAAGCGGCAGCCAAGCGACAGCCAGAGAAACAUCUUCGUUCACAGGCGAAUUUUACAAGGUCGUGUUAAAAACCAGAAGAAUUUCUUUUGACCCAAUAACAUUUAGGAAAUAUGUUGUUGGAUCAUUUGCCAUGGUAAACAUAGUUUUCUUUGCAAUCAAUAUGACAAGCUCAUUUGUUUGCCCUGAACAAGAUGCUCAUGAGAAAUUGGUGAUAUUGAGAGUGGUUGUAAAUGGACUGCUGUUUGUUGUUGUCGGGAUUGUUCUCUGUUUCUGCAUCAUCAAGAUCACAAGAGCUCCAUCUCCAACUGUUCUAUUGGAGGGACAGGGAGCUACAACAAAGCAAGGGAUAGUGCUGUGUGUGCUGGUCGUCCUGUUGUAUGUGUCACGAGUGAUAUACAACCUGAUUGCUGUCACUGUGCCUCACGACUUAUCUUCGUUUGGAUAUGGCUGGAUAAAUGUCUCUGAUGAGGGGGAAAUUAAAUACAAGGAGUCCGCCGACAAAAAAUCCCUUCAUAGUGAUAUCCGCGAUGUGGAAUUCAUUACCUUUGGUAUUGUGCUGAUUGUAUGGGAAGUUCUCCCUACCUUUAUGUUUGUAUGGUUUUUCCGCGUAAGAAGACCGAAUGUUGGAGACAUGGGCCCAUCUGCUAUAGCAUCACAGAGUUAUGACAAGAAAUCCUAUUUUUUCGACAAUCCACGAAGAUAUGACUCAGAUGAGGAUCUGACAAAUCCACAAGGACAAACAAGGGGUAGUAAUUACAAUAUUCCAGGAGUGUUAAGUCCUUCUGCCUCGAGUGUGAACGUCAACAAAUCAAGAUCUUAUGGCUCCAUCUCGGGCAUGCGCAGUGGCAGUUUCCAGAGAAGUAACAGCUAUUCGAAUAUAUAUAUUCCGGGAACCACACCUCCUCAACUUUCGGCGGGGUCUGGCUACCGCCCGAACACCUUAGUUGAGCAAAACGAGGGAUAAUGAGUGACAUACAACAUGGAACUCUCUAAGCAACGGACAGAGUUCCUUUUAGAUAUAUACCCUGUGUGGAAAAUGGGGCCCCUUUCUUAUACCUCCCUCACCCCGUGCGUGACGAUUGUCGUCAGAAGUUCAUUUUUUUUCCGCUUGAGAGACAUCCGAAAUUCGCUCCCCAAAAAAGUAGUCAUCGUAGACGCUGCCUUAUACAGGCUUGCUCAGUCAGUAGAGAGCUCCAGAUGAGCCAGGUUAUAAUCGUGAUAAUUCCUUUUAUUAUAAUGUUAUUAUGCCGUCAGAGGUAAACGAUAUUGAUACUAUUUCGCUCAGUUAUAUGACUAUUGGCCGACUCUUGAAUGCUGUCAGAACAGCAUUUUACUUGAAUUUAAUCGCAUCGUUUCCCUCACUGACAUUAGGGAGGUACAUGUACACUCAGACACUGAGGGACAGGUUGCCCCCAGAUGAGUUAAAAUAGACGAAAUCGGCUCGACGAAAGUUUACCAUAACGCCAUGUUUCUUGGCGCUGAUUUCACACAUUUUAAUUUCACGUCUCCCCGGUUAUUUUCUUUGGAGUUCCUAGGAUGUUUACUACAGGGAUUGCUUUGCACUCGCUGAAAAGCUGACAUUGGAAUUGUUCACAAUUGAAUCGCGAUUAAAAGGCGUGAACAUUGGUUUAUAUCAACCGAUUUGUUGAAAAACAUAACUUACAAUUAACAGAACAGCUCUGGACUUUGGUUACUGAAAAGAUACUAAAUCAUGUUAAACUACAACUCGAACUGGGCGUAAUGUAAGUAAGCUCUUCCCAAUGGCCAAGAAUAGUGUGUUCCCUUUAGUAGGAGGGUGUCAGCUCUAUGUCCCUUCUGAGGCCUUUUGGGCGGAGCGAAACCCUAACAUUAUUGAAGUUUGUGUUUGGUGGUUUUUAGCCCUCCAGGCCCUUCCCAUGUACACUCGUUUAGGUUUAGUAGUUAAUGUUCAUUUUAUUAGUCACAUCUAUGAUAUGAUACACACCACACAUAAAGAUACAUUCUUACAGCUGUUUUCCACUUUGCACUCAGCGUAAGAAAGAGUAGAGAGCUUAAGCAAACCACGACGGCAAAGGCAACGAGAACGUCACCAAACAAAAGGUUUAAUGAGCAGAACAAUGGCUGUGCACGUGCGUUACAAAUCUUUGUACAUUUCUUUGCCGUCCUCUGCAAAACAACAACGGGAAAUGACAACGUUCUGAUAAAAUAUAACAUCAUUUUUUGCUAGGCGUUGUCCGGGCGUCGCCGUCGUCAUUGCUUAAGUUCUCUAUUUAUGUAUUAUUUUAAAAUACAUGUACUCUUUGACGAUGAUAAAUGCACUCUGCUAAUGUGCGUCGUCUUUGAACUCCCUUUGACCUUGUGAUGCAGCAGUGCUUUUCAUCACGUAAUUGUUUAGCAAGUGACUUAUUUUGAGGGCACUUACUCCAUAGACCAUCCUCAAAUAGUACUUCAAAAAAUUUCUAAUGUAAGAAUCCUAGAUUGCAUUGUAAUAUUGCUGUAAUCAUUGCACAACAAAAUAUUUCUGUCUACUUAUGUCGCUGCGGCUGACUGGGCUCAGUUGGGCAAGAUUCAUUUGAAUUUCCUUGACUGUAUGACUGGUAUAAGUACUCAAAUGAUUUCGAGUGUAAUUUGUAAUAAUUAAGCAGAAGUAAACUUCUCAAAGACUAAAAAA